CCCCCGCGCCACGCCCACAAGAUGGCGGCGCCCUGCGCUUCCCGCCGCCCGGGGUCCGCCGGGCCGCUGGCUCCCCGCGGGCGUGAGGCAGCCGGGCCGUGAGCACCCACCGCCGGGGCUGCCGGGGGGGCCGGCCUCGGGCAGCUUCCCUGGCACCGGGCGCUGAGCUUGCGGCGCCGCAGGGCGGAUGGAGCUGGGUCGGUUGGAGUACUUGCAGGCCCUCGUCACCGAGUUCCAGGUGACUGACAGCCCAGAGGCCAAGGAGCAGGUACUGGCAAACCUGGCCAACUUCGCCUACGAUCCCAAAAACUAUGAGUACCUCCGGCAGCUCCAGGUCCUGGAUCUGUUCCUCGAUAUGCUCACCGAGGACAAUGAGAGCCUGGUGGAGUUUGCCAUCGGCGGUCUUUGUAACCUGUGCCUCGAUAAAACUAACAAAGACUACAUCUUGGAGGCAAACGGAGUGGAGCCCAUAAUCAACUGCCUCUCCAGUUCCAACGAGGAGACAGUCAUGUCAGCUGUCACAACACUGAUGUACCUGACAACGCCGCAGUCACGCCAGCAGACCACAGCUCUCCCGGUGGUGGAGUGCAUGCUUCGCUUCUCCCUCUCAGCCAGCAGAAGACUAAGCAAUCUGGCAACUGUCUUCCUGGAGGAUUACUGCACGCCUCUGCAAGUGGAAGAGGCCAGGAACCUAAGCAAACACACAGCGGUGGGGAUUCCUCUCCCCAAGGACUGAAGCUGUCAGAACAGCGCGGGUUGAGAGGGAGACCUCCCUCUUUUUUUCCCAGGUCUCUGCUUUCUGCUCAGCAGGUCAAGAGUGUGUCAAGAACAACAUUAGAGAGGGAAAUUGGUCAUACCACUGCUGGAUUUUAGUUAAUAAAGAGGACGGUAUAGCACUACUCUGUCAGUCAGGCCAAGCACGCAGCUAAAACUGCAAGCAAAUAUUUAAAAUAAAACAGGUCAUGGCUGCUGGAGAGGAGGCUGCCAAGUGUAGCCCAGCACCCAGCUUGCACAAAUAACGCUUCCCAGCAAUCAGGGGGGCUUUCUUCCUGGGGUAUUGGGCAGCUUAUAUCCCCUCCAGCUCCUGGCUGGUUUUGCUGCAGCUCUCUACUCUUCAGCAUCAACUCAAAUGACUUUGAAGUGUCACAAACUUUAUUGCUCCUGCAGAAGAAAGGCGGCAUUUCCCUGCCCUGGCAGUUUGCAGUCUUACUUAUCCCUUUGGUACUAAAUAUGCCAUCCUGUCAUCACGGCAUAGGGACCUGGCUAGUAAGUCGCUACACAGAGCAGCUUGUAGCUAUGCGAUGAAUCAGGAAGUGGAAAGCUGGUUUUCUGUCAUUACCACUGGUGAGAAUGGCGGUCUGGCUCAUGAGAACAGCUGUCUUUUAAAACCUUCUCUUAAUAAAACAUUAACUUAAA